AUGGACCCGGACGUCUGCCGGAAUUGCGGCCACAGUGGCAAGCACAUUGACUUUGCGGACGCCCGAUGCGCCAUCACGGAGCGGGAUGACGCCGAGCGCGACAAGCUCCAGGCCGACGCGGCCCUGGCCCGGGCCCGCGACAUCUGCGAGACGUCGCUCUCACUCAUGAAGCGGCAGAUGCAGGAGCUCGAGGACGCCAACGAGGCCAUUGACGUACUGCGCGCCGCGCUGGCGGCCGCCGAGGACCGAAGGGAGCGCGUGCGGCGUGAUCUCGGCACCCAUGGCGACGUGUGCCUACUCGCGCGGUCGAACGUCGAGGCGGCGGAGGAGAUGGCCAUCUCGGCUGCCGGGCGGUACUUUGAGGCCGGAAGGGCUGUGACUGCGUUGGAGGAUCGGGAGCAGUUGAGGAAGCAGUCGCCGAGUAUUCACGUGGAAGAGGCGCCGCCUUUGCCGGUGACUGUGCCAAUGGAAGAGGAUGACGAUGCGGAGGAUGAAGCGAGGGAGAAGGAAGACCGGAGGUGGAAGAGGUCGAAUGAGCGCUUUUGCAAGUGGUUGCGGCAGUCUGAGGCGCAGCGGCAGAUUAUGAAGUCUUCGUGGACCAAGCUGAGGGUCGCGGAGAGGUUAGCUGGGGAGAGCGUCAAUGUCGACGUUGAUGUCGAUGUCGACGCAGUUGACGAAGAGGAAGAUGAAGAGACGGCACGCCGGAAAAGGGUCCAGGCGUGGACUGCCGCACGGAGGCUGACAGACCAGCUUCCGCCAGAGGAGGACCCUACCAUGGAGACGGAGUACCUGGAAUCGGAGCCGACUGAUUCCGCGGAGACGACGGAGGGAUCUUCUGAGCCAUUGGACAAGGGCAAAGACCGGCAGAGCUGCGACGACGGCGACUGCACCUGCGACGCAAGCGCCCCAGACUGUGCCGUCAAGUCCGAUAAAAGGACGCAACCUACGGACUGCUCGAAGGGUGGAGAGCCAGACUCGCUCGGAACCCACGCGGCCGACGACAGCUACGACAACGGCGACGAAAAGGGUGAAGAGGGAGCCGAAGACAACAUCUGCGGUCGUGAUGGGGAAGACGGGGACUACCAAUGCUCCCAGCUCAGAUGGUGCCGCCGCUGGCCGGCCGGCUGCGCGGACACGGGCUCGGACUGGGAAGACCCCGGCAGCGCCUACGGUAGCGGCAGCGGAAACACCGGCGGCGACACGGCCUCAGAGGGCUACGAGAAGGAGGUCGGUGAGAGUUCAGCCAUACCCUCAACCGGGUGCUCAGCCGAGAUGGAAGAGGGGGCCGAUGCCCUCCUCGUCCAUACCCCUCAGAUUGAAUAG